AAAGUGAGGUGAGACGCAGAGACCUUCAGCCAGGGAGAGGAAUCAUGGCAGUGCCACCUACCUACGCAGACCUGGGCAAAUCGUCCCGCGAUGUUUUUAAUAAAGGCUAUGGGUUUGGCUUGGUGAAGCUGGAAUUGAAGACCAAAUCCUCCAGUGGGGUGGAAUUCACAAGCAGCGGCUCAUCAAACACAGACACCGGGAAAGCAACUGGAAACCUUGAGACAAAAUACAAGCUGAAGGAAGCCGGCAUCACUUUCACCCAGAAAUGGAACACGGACAACACCUUGGGCACGGAAGUGGCCAUCGAAGACAAGUUGGCUAAAGGAUUGAAGCUCUCUCUUGACACUGCGUUUGUUCCCAAUACAGGGAAAAAGAGCGCUAAGCUGCGGACCUCCUACAAGAGAGACUAUGCCAAUCUGGGCUGUGAUAUCGACCUGGACCUGGCAGGCCCCACCAUAUAUGGUUGGGGAGUCCUGGGCUACCAAGGCUGGUUGGCUGGCUACCAGAUGGCCUUCGACACGGCCAAGUCUAGGCUGGCACAAAACAACUUUGCACUGGGCUACACCGCAGGAGACUUUCAGCUGCACACUAAUGUGAAUGAUGGCACCGAAUUCGGAGGCUCCAUCUACCAGAAAGUCAAUAAGGAUAUAGAGACUUCGGUGAGCCUGGCGUGGAGUGCCGGCAGCAACAACACCCGCUUCGGGAUUGGCGCCAAGUACCAGCUGGACUCGGACGCCACCAUCUCUGCUAAAGUUAAUAAUGCCAGCUUGAUUGGACUGGGUUACACACACACCCUAAGACCUGGUGUGAAGCUCACUCUUUCCGCCCUGAUCAACGGGAAGAACUUUAGCUCUGGUGGCCACAAGGUAGGCCUCGGCUUUGAGCUUGAAGCGUAAUGGGAAGAGUUCACAAAGGAUCCAGGCGUAAUCAUUCAGACCCCAACCCAGACUCCCUCCAGUGUUUACAACACAGACGGGAUUUUAGCCACACCAAGAAUACUCAAGCAGUGCCAACAUUACUCUGAUGCCGGGAAACACCGUGCGGAUGUUCAGGAGUAGUGUUACCCUUGGAACAAGAAGCUGAAGAGUAACACAACACUCCUUAGUGACCAUCUUGACAUUAUUAUAUUGAGGAAACGCCAACCAGAAUUCUAAAGAGCACUACAGACGUUUCUACAAAUUUAUCAACCUCCUGAACACUACCUUAAAAAAAAAAAAAAAAAUAUACACUAUCGCUCCCCUUAAUAUAUAUUAUAUACUGUUUUUGGUUCUCCGCCAUUGUUCUAGAAUACCCUGCUGCCAUUGCCUUGGUUGUAGUUAACAUAAAGUCCCCCAUUAUACAUUUAUUUUUUUGUUUAUUACGCCCCCUUCAGGAUUAAUCAUUGCUUUUAGUGUAUUCAUAUGGAAGUUGCACAUCCGUGUUCUCCUAGUUGUACACAAACGAGGGUGGAGGGGGAUCCUCUUAGGCCAUUGGGGUAUUUAUAUAUAAUUUGGUCCUUGAUGUGGUGAAGAUGGUGGUCACAUGUUCUGCAGUAAUAACAGUAAAAGCACCCCAUUACCCUUGAGUGUUUACUUGAGUUAUUGUUUAGUUAUCACAAUAAAGAUGGCCACUGCACACUG